AUGGCGUUUGUCAGUUUGAAGAGUAGUCUGAGGAUAUUAUGGACGGCGACAGUGGCUCUGGUGUUCCUCACGAGGAGUAGCGCUGCGCCAACUUUCGGUGGAACCGACAAAGCGAUGAUGUACUUAGCGCAGUAUGGAUACCUGAGUCCUUCUGUAAGGAAUCCUUCAAGUGGCCACAUCAUGGAUGAGAGCUCGUGGCGACGAGCUAUUGCAGAGUUCCAAGGCUUUGCAGGACUGAACGCGACAGGUGAAUUAGAUGAAGAAACGACUAAAACGAUGUCAUUACCAAGAUGCGGUGUGAGAGAUAAAGUUGGUUUUGGAGAGAGCCGUGCCAAGAGAUACGCAUUACAGGGUUCAAGAUGGCGCGUAAAGAACCUUACGUAUAAGAUCUCGAAGUACCCGUCAAAAUUGAACCGUGCUGAGGUGGACACCGAGCUUGCCAAAGCCUUUUCAGUGUGGUCGGACUACACUGACCUUACUUUCACUCAAAAGAGGUCCGGACAAGUCCACAUUGAAAUCAGGUUCGAAAAAGGAGAGCACGGAGACGGUGAUCCAUUUGACGGUCCUGGUGGCACCCUUGCCCAUGCUUAUUUUCCAGUGUACGGAGGCGACGCUCACUUUGAUGACGCCGAGAUGUGGUCCAUUAACUCGAGGAGAGGCACCAAUCUGUUCCAGGUAGCAGCUCACGAAUUCGGUCACUCGCUAGGGUUGUCUCAUAGCGAUGUGCGUUCAGCUCUCAUGGCUCCCUUCUACCGAGGAUACGACCCCGCCUUCCAACUCGACCAGGAUGAUGUUCAAGGCAUCCAGGCUCUCUACGGUCACAAGACGCAGACAGAUAUUGGGGGGUCCCUCCCAGUGCCUUCUGUCCCGCGAGCGACCACGCAGCAACCCUCUGCCGAAGACCCCGCGUUAUGUGCUGAUCCCAAGUUUGAUACCAUUUUCAACUCUGCUGAUGGAGGCACUUUUGUUUUCAAGGGUGAACACUACUGGCGUCUAACAGAAGACGGGGUGGCAUCUGGCUACCCCCGCCUUAUUUCCCGCGCCUGGCCUGGUCUACCCGGCAACAUUGAUGCUGCCUUUACAUAUAAGAAUGGCAAAACAUACUUCUUCAAAGGCUCCAAGUACUGGCGAUACAAUGGACAAAAAAUGGACGGAGAUUACCCUAAAGAUAUUAGCGAAGGAUUCACUGGUAUCCCAGACAACCUUGAUGCUGCUCUGGUAUGGUCAGGAAACGGCAAAAUUUACUUCUACAAGGGUUCUAAAUUCUGGCGAUUUGAUCCUGCUCAGAGGCCGCCCGUCAAGUCUACAUACCCUAAGCCUCUAUCCAACUGGGAUGGCAUUCCUGAUGGCAUCGAUGCUGCUCUUCAGUAUACUAAUGGAUAUACGUACUUUUUCAAGGGUGGCUCCUACUGGCGGUUUAAUGAUAGAACGUUCGCUGUGGACACAGACAAUCCAGCUUUCCCUCGAUCAACAGCAUUUUGGUGGUUGGGCUGCAGCAGCGCGCCGCGUGGCACCGUCGGAGGUAACGCGCGCCUGUCGCACGCUCCGCCGUCAUCCGACGACGACGUCGGCGAUAUUCUAUUCGACGCAGAUGGUGCGGAGUCUUCCGGCGACGGUAACCGAAACAGCGCUGGAGUAUCCAGAACUUCGCUGUCGACACUAAUGGUCCUGCUGACGGUUUUAGUGGCAGUACGAGCCUAG